AAUGUCUGUUAAUUAUGUUCGUUGAAAAUAUUUUGUAGAUAAACUAACAAUGCAUUGGCAGGCUUUUCUCCUGAUUUUGGUGAUCUUUAUAAUAAAUGAAGGAACAUCGCUCUCAGAAAAAAAUGCUGGUGAUAAUGGAGUGUUUACGGGUGUCCUUGAUAGCCAAAGGAUUGAAAGGCAUAGAGAAAAAAGGCGCAUUUUGGGAGCUGAGCACCAGUACUUCAGGACAUAUUUUUCAGAAAAGGGUCUUCUGAGCGUUUACAAUAGGUUGCGACGCAAUGGAUUAAUAGACGACUGGAGACCACUAGGAGUAACUUCCUACAGUAACGCCAUUCAAACUUCCACAGAAUACUACAUGUCUCGAGCAGAAGCAGGAGUUAAUGUAAAUGCCCAAGUAAAUCGCAUCGAAGGCAUCCUAGCCUACCGGCGGCAAGACGCUAGGGAUCAUGGUGGUGGCGACGAGCGCCAUAACGCAACUAUUAUCAACUGGCAGAGCGGGCUGGAACGAAUUCGGGGUGGUCAAGAGCGAUAUAAUGAGUGUCGUCGCAUCUACACAAUUCACGAUGAACUCAAAAAGAGGAGCGUUAGGUAUCGAGGGUGGAACAGACGACGUUUUUCUAGUCGUAGAGGAGGAAGCAGGGGUCGUCUCCAAGGCAACAGGGGUGGAAGAAGACGAUAUCCUCAGAGCCGAGGACGAACUGGUAGACUGUUGGUCUGUUGAUUUUAAAGCAAGAUUGAAAGAAACUGUCACAGUUCCUUAUUGAUUAAACGGCAAAAGAUAUGUAAUCAGAAAUUUCAAAAAUAAAAUUCAUUCUGACAGCAA